UGUGUGCGCCUUGGCCAAUGGAACCAGAUCCUCCCUGCAGUGCGUAAGAGCGCGAUUUAGGAUUUAACCAAGUCUUUGCUGCGGGGCUGGCUGCAGUCUUCACCAGAGCCCAACGGCCCGAGAGCCUUUCAACAAUGCCAGUGUAGUUUUCACAGCACUUUGGAGUCAGACUGCCUCGCUUUUUUUUUGCUAAUCAAAGAAAACACAAACGCGUUCCCUCUCGAAGUAUGACUGGAGUAUUUGACCGAAGGAUCCCGAGUGUGAAAACUGCAGAUUUCCAGAGCUCCUUUCAGAUUUCCACCAUGCACCACCCGUCUCAGGAAUCUCCUACUUUACCCGAGUCCACCGCCACGGAUUCUGGCUACUACAGUCCCACAGCUGGAGUCCCUCACGGCUACUGCUCGCCCAGCUCCACCACGUACGGGAAACCUCUCAAUGCCUACCAGUACCAGUACCCGGGUGUAAACGGAUCCGCUGGAAAUUACUCGACAAAAUCCUACACUGAUUACAGCUCGUACACAACCCCCGCCUACCACCAAUACGCGGGGACCUACAGCAGAGUGCAAGCCCAGCCGAGUCCGCAAGAAAAGGAGAUCAGCGAGCCCGAGGUGAGGAUGGUGAACGGCAAGCCGAAGAAAGUGAGGAAACCCCGGACUAUCUACUCCAGCUUCCAGCUCGCCGCCCUGCAGAGGCGCUUUCAGAACACGCAGUAUCUGGCGCUGCCGGAGAGAGCCGAGCUGGCUGCCUCGCUGGGACUCACACAAACACAGGUAAAAAUUUGGUUCCAGAACAGGAGAUCAAAACUGAAGAAAAUAAUGAAAAACGGAGAGCUUCCACCUGACCACAGCCCCAGCUCCAGCGACCCCAUGGUGUGCAACUCUCCACAGUCCCCGGCCGUUUGGGACACACAGGGCCCCUCCAGGCCGCACAGCCUGCAGCCACAAAGCAUCAACACAACGGCUUCUAACUUUUUGGAAAACUCGGGCUCAUGGUACACCUCAGCCGGCAACUCCAUGGCUGCCCACCUGCAGACCCCUAACUCGAUACAGCACUCGUUGGCUCUUGGAGCAGGGACGUUAUAUUGAAAAAAACCCUGUUGUUCAUUUCAAAUCUUUUUUUUAUCCUUCUAUGGGACUCGUGUUCAAAUUUCAGAGGAAUAUGCAAUGUAUUUGAUGACAGUCAUAGAAGAAACGUGUAAAAUGUGUAAAUGUGUGCAUGUAAUUUAUUGCAUUUUGGAAGACUAUUAAACGUUUAAAUGGACAAUGGAACUUUGAA